CUGGAAAAUGCAGCUGGCAGUCCUCUGAGGUUUGUCAUUAGAAUGUGAGGAGAGCCACACAGAUAUUGCACAGGCUAUUUACAGAUUGUUUGGUUUACUUUAAGAGCUAUUGCUCCACUUGCGUGUGGCAAGAAAAUGAGAUUUCAACAAUUUUUUUGUGUGUUUUUAAUUUUUAUGAUGAGUCUUCACCUUAUCCAUGGACAAAGACCAGCUAAUCUGGCCCUUAGAAGAAAACUGCACAGACAUAACUGUCUUCAAAGAAGAUGUAUGCCUCUCCAUUCCAGAGUCCCCUUCCCCUGAGAUAUAGAACUCUAGAGCUAAUUUCACUAGGUCUACCAGAAGAGGAGGAUGAAGGAGAGAUCUCAACCCAAAAGAACUUCAUUAUGGCAAUAGGGGGAUUGGUUGGACUUAAUCAUACUAAAAGGAGUUGUACCAGAAUGGGAUUUUAGUUCACAGGACUGCCUUCUUCCUGGUUAUUCAUUUGCCUACUUAACAAAAAAUCACUCAUCUUUUUCUGCAAUUAUUCUUAAUUGAUUAUAAAGAAAAACCUCUUUUAAUGUCUUAGAACUCUAUAUAGGUAAAAAAUGCAAGAAUUUAACAUUUUUUUCAUAUUUCUAUAAUUCUCCAAAGUAUUUGCUUUGUAUAUGUUUGAGUAAUUUUUACAAUAAAUGCUAAAUCUAAAAUCAAUUGCAUUGACUGGCUUUGCAGAAUAGAAAGAAAAUUAUUGAUUCAUUAAUUAUUUAUAUUCAGAAACUAAGAAAAAAACUAUAAGUUGCUACCAUAUUAUAUAUUUUAGUGUUUAUAAAAGUAUGAUUUUUAUUUUAUGAAUAGUAUCCAUUUGAAGUCUAGAAGAAAGCAUAACAUAAUUGCAGUCCAUGUUGUUUUAAAAGGAAAUGUUUAUUUUUCAAUUUUUUUUUUUCUCAUAAUGUAAUUAUAAGAAGCCAAUGUUUAUUUCCUUGGGUGUUCUGUUUUACAGCCUUGAUCAUUUUGUAGAGAGAGUUCCUUAAAAAGCCUGGCUUAGUCAACAUCGAAAUAGCAGUUAUGCCACCAGGCACAGUGGUACAUACCUAUAAUCCCAGCAGUUCAGGAGGCUCAGGCAGGAGAAUCGUGAGUUCAAAGCCAGCUGCAGCAAUUUAGUGAGGCCUGUCUCAAAAUAAAAACUAAAAAGGGCUGGAGAUGUGACUCAGUGGUUAAGUGCCCCUGGGUUCAAUUUCCCCAUACUGAAAAAAAAAAAAUAGUUAUGCCAAUGAUGCCCACAGCAAAAUCUGUAUCUAAUAGUGAGUGUUCAUCAUUCUGAUAAGCUUUGUUUUGAUGUUGUUCAACCUGUGAUAGUGAAAUACACAAAUAAAAAAUCAGAAAAAAAUUAGAAAUAUGAUUAUCCAUAAAGGAAACUAUUCUGUCUAGAUCUGAAUUGAUUAGGUGUUCCCAAGAGGUUAAAUAUGUUAUUUAUUAAUCUGUAUUUAUUGAAAGACCAUUAGCUUAGCGUAACAAAGUUUUAAGUUAAUUCCAGACAAGGAGUUUACAAAAUCAAACUUCGACUAGAAGUUUGACUUUGUAAACAUUAUAGAGUAAGACAAGUUAUUAAAUCAGUGACGUUUAUUUUGCUAAAAUAGAAGUUUGGCAUUUAUAUGUGAAAAAUUUGAAAUAGAAGAUCUCACAAUAUUAUGGGGUUUAUCUCCCUGUCAAAGUUGAUUUAAAAAUGUCUUUUGGAAUAAAAGAUACUUAGACACUGAAAUUAAAUUUAUAUACAAAAUAACGUGUCUCAUUAAGUUAGAUAUUAUUGGGGAACUCCUAAAUAAUUUUUUGGAUAAAUUAUAAUUCCUUUCCACAAGUGCAUCUGAGUAGAAACAUAAGCUAUUGUCAAUUAUAUUUAUGUUUAAAACAAACUCACUUGUAUUUUAUGCAUAAAAGAUACUUUAUAUAAUUCGAAUACAUCUCAUCCAAUAAAGCCUAUAUUUUUCAAGUAUGAAUUCUCAUAUUCACAGAAUAGUUAAAAAACAGCCAUAAUAAUGUAAAAUAAGUAAAUGGCUAUAGAUUUCUGCUCCUAAUAAUUGUUUAAUAAAACACUUGGUGACUUGAGUAUCUUCUUGUGUGUGUGUGUAUGUGUGUCUGUGUGUGUGUGCUUACUAGUGGUU